AUGGGUAGUUCUCCGUCGAAAGGAGAAAUGGUUAAACGACAGGACGUUAAGUUCAAGAUGAAAAAGCAAGAUGUCAUCAAAACGAGCCGGGAAUUAAUCCUUUCGACAGAAUUGACAAACGUUUGUCUUGAAACUGAUGCUUUAACAGAGUUGAAGGCGAAGUUGGAAAAGGCUGUUUGUUGGACCAGUAAAUAUGAGACUUCCUGGAGUCCGGAAUUUUCCCGCUCAGUUGAUGAACUGUUAAUGGAAGCUUGCGAUGAAAUGAGCCGUUUGAUCGAAGGACCUUUGGCGUCGUGCCGACUCGAGAUUGUAAGAAUGAUUUUAAGGCUGCGAUUUGCUUGGGGUAGCGAAGUGUUCGAAUAUCUUAAUAUCAAGUCUUUUCCACGAGAAAGAAUCGAAACAAAAACGGCUGUUAUCCUAGCUGAGCAAUAUUUUGAACCCGAUAAAAUCUACAAAACUGACAAUCGAAUUUGUCGAUUGUAUGCGUUCAAAAUUAGAGACGCAGAAACCAAAGUACCUGUGUUUACAUACUACCUGGAAUGUAGCACUAUUCUACAUAAGUUUUAUGUACUUUGUUUAGAGUGUUCUGGAGGGCAUCUACAAAUAACAAGAUACGGAAGCAUCUGCCCGUCGUAUUGGACAGUUAGAGAAGACACGCUGGGCGAUUUUGGUUAUAAGGAACAAAACGCUCUCGCAAAAUGCCGCGACCCUAGCUAUGAACAAACUGAGUGA